CGCGGUCCGUCCGUUGACGAGACGACGCGGACGAGCGCGUGCGAGCGGGACUUUGUCGAAGGAUACGCGAAGGCGAAGCCUGAGAUCAUCGGGCGCGCAAGGUAACCGAUUGCUCGCGCGUGUGCAAAGACGAAGGGGGAAAGGAAAACAGAAGCGCAGAGGAACGAAGGUCCGCGGCGACGAGGAUGCGUCUCCGUUUGCAAAAUUCCAGAAAGAAAUGGACAGGGACCAUAGGGAGCAGCGCGAUAAUCACGAUAAUCUGAGCGAGAAGGAGCCGGACUUGGGCAAAAUUGGAAUGGCUUUUCGCAGCCUCUCCCACCACCGCGACCGUACGCCGGAUGCCGAUGCAGAGAGAGAUAUGGAUAUAGACCCGGCUGAUCACGCCGAGAACCUGCACGACGACAAGCCCGAGAAGUUAGGGAGGAAUUUCCACAAUAUAGGGCAUCACCCAGCCAUGAGAGACGUAGAUAGGGAUCAAAAUAAUCACGUCGACAUACACGACGACAAGAUGGACCACAAGAUGGGAAGGGACUUUCGCAAUCUCGGCCAUCAUCCUGGAAUGAUUCACUUGCACUCCGGCAUGGAGCAUUUAAGUAAUGUCGACGUUGAGGUGAAGUUGGCGAGGGACGUGCGCGGCUCGUUAGGCUUAGGGCUAUCCUUGGAGCUCUGCGUAGUUUGUGGGGAUAGAGCUAGUGGUAGGCAUUACGGGGCGAUCAGCUGCGAGGGCUGCAAGGGUUUUUUCAAGCGCAGCAUCCGCAAGCAGCUGGGCUACCAAUGUCGAGGAAGCAAGAGUUGCGAAGUUACCAAACACCACAGAAAUCGCUGUCAGUAUUGUAGACUUCAGAAGUGCUUGGCGAUGGGCAUGAGAAGCGAUUCUGUGCAACAUGAGAGAAAACCGGUGUUGGGUGACUCGGCCGCGACAAAAGUUGGCAGCCGUAGUCCCAGGGUAAAACCUGAACCACAGCAACCCGCGCCCGAGGCACCGCCGGCUUGGGAGCAACCCGAAAGCCCCAGCAUGGAAGACCAAAGCAGCGACAGUGACGCUCUCAGCGACGCUCUGACCUUAGCUCGCGAGCGUUUACUACUUUCUCAUGCGUUAGCCGAUAGCAUGGCUAAAAUCAUUGGUGACAAUGUUAAUGGUUCGAGCGAGCCGGAGGAAGAAUGGACCGGCCAAUUAAUCUCCGAGCGAAAUACGUUGUUCGAAUUGAGAGCGCCUAGCCCAGCACCCGUGUAUUUAUCUAUUCACUACAUAUGCGAAAGUGCAGCCAGAUUACUAUUUUUAUCUGUGCAUUGGGCGCGAGGUAUUCCGGCAUUUCAAGCUUUGCCAUCUGAAGUUCAAACUACUUUAGUUCGAAGUUCCUGGGGACAGUUGUUUACAUUAGGUCUGGCACAAUGUGCAUACACUCUGUCACUUCCUGGUAUUUUGACGUCGAUAAUCAAUCACUUGCAAGCUAAUAUCGCACAAGAGAAAGUCACCGCGGGCAAAGUAAAAUGCGUUACGGAGCAUAUAUGUAGACUACAGGAUUGCGUGAGUUCGCUACACAAACUGCAAGUGGAUUCCGUCGAGUAUGCAUAUCUUAAAGCUUUAACGCUUUUUAGUGCUGAUAAUAUUCUGGCAGGAAUUUGGCGUAAGAAGGUUGAGGUCUUGCAGGAAGCGGCGUGGACGGAGCUACAUCAGCGUGUGGGCUCUGAUAGAUUACCUCGUCUUCUACUGAGGUUAGCACCUCUCCGUUCGAUUAAUCCUAGAGUUCUGGAGGAUCUCUUUUUCUCGGGACUCAUCGGGCGAGUAAGCGUGGCUAGCGUCGUGCCUUAUAUCCUUACCAUGCAAGAUUAUAAGACCGAGCCGGAAAGUCACGCGGGGUGACGAAUACCGUCAGUGCAAUGUAAAUCGUGACCUAAAAGAGUGAUAUACACGUAAUGCUAGAUGCCUCAAACGUUUCCGCACAACGAAGGCGGUCACUCCAAACGUGAGUGGUCGAGAUAAUUUUUAUUUUCGCAUUUCCCCUUUCGACUAUUUGCACAAGAGCAUAAUGAUACAAUCAUGAAACGCGCAUAAAUUUGAAUGAUUAUUAAUGUAUGUAUUACAAUGUAAUGAUAACUGUACAUAUAUAUCUACAUCUAGAUAUAUGUACAUAUUUUUAUGUUUAGAACGUAGAUAUGUAUUGUAUAUUAUGGCGCAGAAUCUACUUGUUUAUAAUGUUGACUUCGUGUCCAACAAUUCUUUAUUUAUUACAUAGUGGAUGAACAUUAUACAAAACUUUCCCAAGAUAUGGCAACUUGGCACACCUUGUUGAGUUACAAUUUCAAGUAAGAGCUUGAAUAGCACUGCUCGUUAAAGUAAACCAUCUAUGAAGUUAUAAUCAGGGAAUAUUGACAUUAUAAUAUUUAUAUAUACGGUAAAGCCUCAAGUUAAUGAACUAAAGGAGAAAGGAGCGUUUAACACUGAAAGUCUAUCAAAUCGAAUUAUUUAAUUUACUAUAGUCGCGAUUCAGAGAUCACAGAAACUCUGUAUCCUAAACCUAAUAGCGCGAUAUCUUAAAGUAGACUGACAAUGAGAUCGACACAAAGCGAGUUUACCCCACGCUAUCCAAAACAAGUGUGAUAUGACAAUGCAUGAUACGACAUUUAAUAUAUUGGAUGGUUGCAUAUGAAACCGCCCGUUGGCAAUAAAUGGUAUUAGAUACACUAUUUCUUCGAAUUGAAGCUGACAAACCACUCAAAAAAUUUGAGGACAUGGAAUUGGAUGCGUUGUUGGACGAAGACUCGAGUUUAAUGCUGGCGAAUUUGGACGAAGACUUAAAUGUGGACAAAUCAACAGUUUGCAGACGACUACAGACGCUGGGACGAGUGCAGAAGCAAAGAAAUUGGGUACCCCCACCUAUUGAAGGUACGGGACAUUGAACGACGGAGAACCACUUGUGAACUGCUGCUUGAACAACAACAACGAAAGGGUUUUUUUCCAUCAAAUCGUGACAGGAAAUGAAAAAUUGAUCUAUUUCGACAAUCCGAAGCGAAAAACAGUACGGGUACGUCCUGGGGAACCAGGUCUCCGUCGACGCCAAAAAGAAACAUCCACGCCAAUAAGGUUAUGCUCUGUAUCUGGUGGGAUCAAAGGGGUGUCGUGUAUUAUGAACUGCUAAAACCGUCGGAAACCAUCACUGGUGAUCGUUAUUGACUGCAACUGAUCCGUUUGAAGCGAGCUCUGUACGAGAAGAGGCCGGAAUGGAACAAUCAUGACAAGUUGAUUUUGCAGCACGACAACGCCAGGCUACAUGUUGCUCAACUAGUCAAAAAGUACUUAGGAAUGAACUGGGAAAUUCUACCCCACCCGCCGUAUUCCCCAGACAUCGCUCCCUCUGAUUUCCAUUUGUUCCGAUCGAUGCAGUCAGCACUUAAGGCAAAGCACUGCACCUCGUACGAAAAAGUAAAAAAAUGGCUAGAUGACUGGGAAUUGCUUCCAAAGAACCCGAAUUCUUCCUGCGUGAAAACCGAUUGUUGCCCGAAAGUUGGGCGAAGGUUGUCUGUUCCGAUGGGCAAUACUUUGAAUAAACCAGUUCGUCGAUUUGCUAUCAGAUCACUAUCUUUUCUUUCGCUUAACAAUGGACAGUUUCAUAUGCAACCACCGAAUAUAUACUGUAUUAUUAUUUGUUUGAUCCGUUAAAUUCGAAAUCUUAUAUCGGGAUCCAUUAAAUCGUUACUGUGUAUUUUAAUAUUUACUGUGUAUGUAUAAUAUUAUAAUGCUAAUUUUUAUAUAUAUUUGAUAUAAUAAAGUUACAAUUAUGAUUAUAUACAUACAGAUAUAAUUAAAACACAGCAGUUGCACGCUGUUGCAUUUUUAAGUAUCCAUGGGACAAAAUGCGAUAUCUCGAAAAUGGGCUUCUUCAAUCUGUGAUAUAAUUUCACAGGAAAAGUUUUGUAUUGGCACAUUACUUACACAAAAUGUAGAAGGCGAUAUGUUUAUAAUGUAUUAUGAUUAACAGUAAGAUUGUUAUAAAAUUACUUAGUCUAUUCUACAUGUCUGCUGAGAAGACAAGAUUUUUGUUUGAAGCGUUAGGCGUUUAAAUAAACGAGACAAGUUAAAAUUAGAACAACUUCGUUGUUACUUGUUUACAGAAAUGUUGAUGUAAAAUAACGCGCGUGAUUCAGAUUUUCUAUAACAUAAAAAGAGAAGUCACGAUAACAUAUUUUUGCUUCCAAUAUACAAAUCAAAGUUUACGUGCACAAAUUACCUGUGACUUGUUCGGAGUGGACAAUAAAAUCAUAUUUUUUGUAAGAGAAAAGCGUGGAUACUUAACAUAGCUUAGGCAUACAUGAGUUGUACAUGAGUUACUUAAUUGAAAAUGUAAAUUUCGUAUUGUUAAUAUAUUGUAAUUACGUAUUUUACCGUACUGUAAUUAUAUAUUGUAAUAAUUAUAAUUAAGUAACUCUAUACGCAGUAUUUCAUAAAUAUUUUAAUGGUUCUGGAGAUACAAGAUAACAUUAGUAUCUUUAAGUUAUAUUAUACUUAAUAUCCCCUUCAUCAAUUAACAAACCAACGAAAUAUUGCAGCCUUGUAUCAUUAUCAUGCGUAUACUCUUGAAAAAAUUUAUUUUUAAGUUAAAAAACUGGUCUUAAAUACUUUUCAAGAAAUUUGUAAGAACUUUUAAUUUUUUAUAAGUAUCUUUUUGCAGAAGUUAAUUGUUAGUUGUAAGGAUUUUUCAACGGUAUAAUCAACUUCUCAGUUAAAGGCUAGAAUUUAGAUAACAUUAAAUGUGUCGGAAAUUAAAAUUGCCUCUUAACAAGGUACUAUUUUGCGAUGUCGAUAAUGAUAUAUUGUCAUUGUUAUUAUUAAAACAACGUUUAAUAGUCGGAUACAAUCUUUGAUAUGUUGAUAUGACCAAUAUCUUUACUGAAUAACAUAGAUUUCUGGAACUUGAUUUUAGGAUUAAUUGCCGUAGCUUGACCGUUUAAACGAUUUCUCGGAUCAUCUUCGGGAUUUAAGUGCUUUCUGCGUUUCAGCGUUACGCUUUGCUGCUAACGCCUCUGUAUUAUUCGAAUAUAAGUUACGGGAUCGCCGCAAUAGCAUUUAAAUUUCGGAAUGUAUCCUUAACGAGACAAUACGUUGCGAUAUGAUAUUUCGCGGAUGCAUUGCAAAGGAAAUUGUAUAUACGUGUAAGAAUGUGCCUACAUAAGAAAGAUAUUUAUAUGGAUGUUAUAAGAAUUUUGUAAUUAUUGUUAUGUAAGUAACGAGAUAUAGUUAAAACAUCAGAGAUACCUGAAAAUUCGUUGCAACGCAAUUUCACUACAAGGAGAACGAUGUGUACAUACUUAACAAACACACAUGUAUUUAAACGCGUCGGCAAUAUAACAUAUAUUUACGAUACGAAAUAAACAUUAUUAGAGGACAUGUA